UCGGUCUGCCUGCCUGCCGUGGGGCAACCAGCUGUCCUCUGCCUGUCCCGCCUGGGCCGGGCUGUUCGAGGCUCUCAUGUUCCUCUCUGCCAGCCCGAGCCAGUGGGCAGUGGGUGCCGCUUCAGGAUGCCCAGCAUCUUCGCCUACCAGAGCUCCGAGGUGGACUGGUGUGAGAGUAACUUUCAGCACUCAGAGCUGGUGGCCGAGUUCUACAACACGUUCAGCAAUGUCCCCUUCUUCAUCUUUGGGCCUCUCAUGAUGUUUCUGAUGCACCCCUACGCCCAGAAACGCUCAUGCUAUGUUUAUGUCACCUGCAUCCUCUUCAUGGUCGUAGGCCUGUUCUCCAUGUACUUCCACAUGACGCUUAGCUUCCUGGGCCAGCUGCUGGAUGAGAUCGCUAUCCUGUGGCUGCUGGCCAGCGGCUACAGCAUAUGGAUGCCCCGCUGCUACUUCCCCACUUGCCUGGGAGAGAGCAGGCCCCAGUUCACCUGCCUCGUCAUCAUCACCACCGUGGUCAGCACCUUCCUGUCCUUCCUGAGGCCCGUGGUCAACGCGUACGCCCUCAACAGCAUUGCUGUGCAUAUCCUGUACAUCGUGUUCCAGGAAUACAAGAGGACCAGCAAUAAGGAGCUUCGGCAUAUAAUGGAGGUCUCCGUAGUUUUAUGGGCUUUUGCGUUGACCAGCUGGAUCAGUGACCGGUUGCUCUGCAGUUUCUGGCAGCAGAUCAAUUUCUUUUACCUGCAUAGCAUCUGGCAUGUACUCAUCAGCAUCACCUUUCCUUAUGGCAUGGUUACCAUGGCCUUAGUGGAUGCCAGGUACGAGAUGCCAGGUCAAACCCUCAAAGUCCGCUACUGGCCUCGGGACACUUGGCCUGUGGGGCUGCCCUACGUGGAAGUCAGUGACGACAAGAACUGCUGAUGUCUGCCAGUUUCUUGACUACCCAAGCACCCGCCAACUCACCUGUGUCUUGAAGACGGAGGCCUGGGUCAGGAGUCUGAGAGAUGCUCAUGGUUCUUUCCUCUACCUCCCUUUCUCCAUCCUCCUUGUCCUAUGGGGCCCCGCCCCAAGACAGGGGAUGGACUUCAUGAGCCUUCCGCGCGGCAGUCUGAUGACCCUGGGUGAGCUGCCGGGCAUAGCUUCCCCUCCACGACCUGCCCUUAUUCUCUUUCAUUUCCUCCUUUGUGUUCACUUGUGAGGCUGGAACACCAGGUGCUGUGAUUACCUGGCAGCCACUGGGAAUGACUUCAGGCUGGCGCUUGGUGCCCGGGCACCUCAUAAAUUGUGGCCGUCACUACCACACCCUUUGGACCUGUCUUUGGCCAUGCAAUGUCCCUGGUACUGGGGGGGGGCAUCCCAGAGGACAGACAUGAUUUCUAGUCACCUCAUUCUGCACUCACUCAUGUUUGCAGAGAUCCUGCAGGUCCUCCCACACACGUGUUCCCACAGACCUGUGGGCCCAUCUCACUGGUAGACAGUGGAGCAACAUGGAGGCCCAGACUGGGCAAUCUGGCUGUCAUUGGGGCAUGGGCAUCAGGAGGGGAGCUGGGGUGGCCUGUAUGGGCUCUCAAAGUGAGAGGAGAACGGGAGGAUGAUAUCUGUGGUGGAUAAGAGCACAGGGCUUGGAGUCAGGCCGACCUAAGCUUUAAUCCUUCUCCACCAUUUCCUAGUUGUAUAAUCUGGGGGAAGUGAUUUUUCCUGCCUUUGACGCUCAAGUACCUUGUCGGUAAUAUGACAAUAUUUCUGCCCUCCUGGGACUUCUGCACGGAUAAAACAAGAUCAUGUAUAAAAAGUGUUUACAUGGAAUCUGGAAAACAUCCAUUCAUCCAUCCCCUUGUCCUUGAAUCCCUCCCUCCCUCCCUCCAUCUAUAUUCAGCCAUCCACUUACGUUCAUUUACCCAUUCACAUAAUUUAAUCAUCCUUUCAUUCACCUGUGUUCCCACUCAUUCAUUCAUUCGUCUCUUCAACAAAUAUAUAUCGAGUUCCUACUAUAUGUCUGACACUACCCACUGGUGACACAAGGCAACAAAGACAUGCAAUGUCCCUGCUCUAAUGAGGAGACACGCGUUAGACAAAUAAAAAGGCACACAAGGCAUUUCUGGACACUAAUACGUGCUGCAAAAAUGAUAAAGCGGGUGACGCUUUAGAGAACCCUGAGGUGGGGAAGCAGCCCUUUCAAAUGGGUGCUCAGUGGGACAGUGCGCUUUCCAGACGGACUCUCAGUGACAAGAGGAGAACAGCCAUACUGAGAGCUGGCUGGCAAGACCAUUCUGGGGAGAGGGAAUGGCAGGUGCAAAACUGCCAGGGUGUGGAUGAACUGGAACUGGCAGGACAGAGAGAACACUUUUUUUUUUUUUUAAGUACAUCAUUAGUUUUUGAUGUUGCGUUCAACGAUCAGAAAGAACGCUCUUGCCGGAGCUUAGUAAAUGAGGGAGAGUGUACAAUAAGAGAUUUGUAAUCUGGGGGCUGGGAUAUGUUUAGUAUCCAUGGACCGCUUGACAUUCUUUGUAAAAGAGGAUUGUCUGGGCAUGUCACUGAGGCCCCUGGAGAGUGUCACUCCGAAAGGAGUAAAGGCUAGCCCAUCUGGCCUGCUGGAGAGAUGGGGAAAUUGAAAGAGGAAGGGCCCUCUCUCAUAUUUAUUGAGACUACCAUGUGCUAUAUGCCCAUGAUACACAUCAUUGAACCUAACACCCCUCCCACAACCCUUCAGCUAGACAUGAAUAUUCUCAUUGUAUAGAUGUGGCUCAGAGAGGGCAAGCAACUUACCCAGGACCGCACAGCCUGGACUCGAACCAGGUCUGUCCUUCCCCCAAAGUUCCACGCACCACAGUCAGUCAGCGUAGGAUUGAAUCUGGAUCACAGAUCCACUGCUUCCAAUCCCUUUGAAUUUCUUGUUCUAGAAACUGGAAGUUCUUCACUGCUGGCCCCAAGAUGGAUCAUGCCGGGGAGAGGGGGCCUGAGAGGGAGGGAGUUUCUGCAAACUUAUAAAAUUGUCUGUAAAAUGUUGUCUUGGUGUUUUUGGUGGGGGAAAGGAGCUGUACUUCCAUGAGAUUCUCUAAUGGGGUAUUUGGCACCCUGAAAGUGAAGAACCUCAUUCCACACCUUCCGGAGGGGGUAAGGGCAGCCAGAGAAGCAUCUGAUUCCUGUCCCCCCACCCAUGUUUCUGUCUCUAAAUACAUAGCAACGGUUUGUCCCCAUCAUCUAUCUCCUGGCCCCUGCUGACCCAUCCUCACAGGCUUCUCUUGGGCUAUGGAGGCAGCAGGUGGGUAGGAGGUCUGGAUACUUGCCUAAUUCAAACUAGCCGUGUGAUCUUGGCAAGUCCCAGUCACCAUCAGGGAGGACUCUUUGGGGUAAAGGAUAAAAUGUUCAGCUCCAGCUGGCUGAAAUGACAAAAGGACAAUCGGCAUAUCUACUUUUGAAGUUUAAGGAUCAAGCUGCAGAUAUGGCUGGAUCCAGGCUUCGAGUGAUGUCACCAGGAUCAGUCUCCCUCCAUCCCUCUGGUCUACCUCAUGGGUGGGAGGCAUCUGCCAGCAGUGCUAGGCUUUACGUCCUUCCAAGUUGAAAAGUGUAUACCAGGAACAUAAGAACUAGGAAGAUCAGUAGGAGAAGAAAGGGAUAA